GGUGGUGAACGUAGAACGCAAACAGAAAAUAGAACCAAAAAUAGGUAGUAACGAAGAGGACCACACUCACAUUAGCGAGGUAACGAUUGUAAUUCAAGAAUCGGAACUUUCGAAAAAUUCCAGCUCGCCUACCAUAUCAAAGAGUGCGGACGACUUGGGGAACUCUUUCAUCAAAUCUGAGUACUUUAAUUUCGAACUGACGAAAAGUUUAAACGACUGCUCGUGUAGUCAAAGAUUAAUGAAGAGCGGCAGCGAUCCCAAUAUAUCCCACAGCCAGCUUGAGUUAGAACACGAAGACGACGGAUUAUACAAAGUUCCCGGGGCCGUGAGAAAAAUUCGCCAUUCCCAUUCGUUGAACGACUUCAACAAGAUCGAGCAGAUCGACUGCAUAUCGUCCGCGCAUUCGAGUAUAGAGCACAUUUCGUGCAGUCAAAUUAUAGUUAAGAAGUCGGAAGGUAACGAGGUCGAUAGGGGUUCACCCGCUAUGGACUACUGCAGAGUGCGAAGCAAAAUGCCAUUCAAGAAACGCAAAGUUAGCUUUCUGCGUAAACCGAAAGCCACAACGUGGAUAAAUCUGAGAGCCAAAUUCGAUCACAUGGUCAACGAGCACGCGGCGAAGCAGAGGGUGGGUGCGUUUCCAGACAAAGAUAGCACAGUCAUACACAUCGAAGAGAUGUACAAAUCAUCCAAAGACAAGUGCAAGAAAAUUUUGAAGAGCACCGGAAGGAUGUUCAAAUCGAAAAGGGACCAAGAGAAUGUCGAUCCAAACGGUGAGAAAUCUCCGAAAUUGAUUAAAGCUAGUGACAUCGAGUAUAAAUUCGACGAGGAGAGUAAGGACGAUUGUACGGAUAGUAGCAGUAUUAAUACUAAGACUGAUAAAAGUGAUAAAUCAGUAGUGAUAAGUGCCAAACAUUUUUUUAGUCUUCCAAUGACUAUAAUUGAUGAAAAAAUGCAGGAUGGAGAGUUUCGUUCGGUGAAAAAUGUAUUUAGGAGAAGUAAAUUUUUGCCGGCAGAGAGUCAUACGGGAUUUGAUGAUCUACGUAAAUAUGUCAAGCAAGGCGGGGAUUUUUGUAAAGAGCUAUCAACUAUUCUGCAAGAGCGAUCUGACGCCGAACUACAGUAUGCAAAAAGUUUAUCAAAGCUCAGCGGAAAAUUGGCACGGGCCUGCAGGGAGGGCGUCGGAGGUUUGAACGACACAUGGAGGUCUAUCGCGGUCGAACUGGAAACUCGAGCGGAGGCUCAUCGAGUCUUAGGGACGGCGUUACUCGAGGACGCCACUCGUCCAUUAAAAACCCUAACCGAAAAUCAACACAAGAUUCGCAAACAAGCCGAAAUUGGGGUGGAUAAAUCGACCAAAGUUCUUUCGGAAUGGAGGGCGGCGGAAGCGAAAAGUAAAAAACACAGCCACGCGUGUGCCCGAGAUAAUGAAAAAUUACAAGAUGCUUUACUAGACGUUAGAUUAUCAAAAACGACUAGUUUGAUUCAAUUGGCUCAUAUGCACAACCAGAAAGUGUUAUCGGAAAAAGAAAACGCAAAGUUGGAAGGUAAGAGGCGUAAGGCAGAAGAUGCAGUAAAAAAGGCCGACAUUGAAUAUUAUACGUUAUGCGUCAGAGCCGAACGCGCAAGACUAGAGUGGGAAUCUGACAUAUUGAGGGGUUCGAAUACAUUUCAAGUACUAGAAGAAGAAAGACUGAAUAAUUUAAAAUCUGUUUUAAAUUCGUAUUUACACCACAGCAAUCAAUUGGGACCUCGUCUUGUUGAGGCAACCGAAAGGUUAUCGGGUCCAGUUGCGCAAGCAGAUCCCUCCAAGGAUUUGUCAACAUUUGUGAAUCUUCGCAACUCCUCGCAACAAACCGCAGAGCAACUGCUUCCCGACUUUUACUGUGAACACAUUACCUUGGCCAUGAACAGAGACAGGAGAAAACAGGCAUUAGUGAAACUCCUCCAGCUUAUUAGGCAGGACAUUGAGCGAGAAAGGAAGUCGAAAAAUGGCCUGGAAAACUUAUCAAAGGCUAUCAAACAAACGCCAAAUUUCGGAGCGGAAGAUUCACAACAGAACGUUUCUGAAAAAUUAUACCACAUGAAGUCAAUGUUAACCUACCUGGAAGGUGCAAGAUACAAAGUACAAAACGCUUUAGCCGAAUUAGAUAGUAAACCAAAAACGGGUCACCCACUAGCCCCUCACAUUACAGUUACCAGAGAUAAAGCAGGAUUGCAGCAAAGUGUUUUAAAGGUACCUGAUUGGUUGCGCGAAGAAUUUGUAGAACCCGAAAAGAGCCCAGUCAGCGAAAAAUCUAUUAAAUCCGGCCAUAUCAACGAGAUUGACUACCUUGAACCGGACUGGACAGAUCGUGGCGCAGCGGAUGGUAACUCUAAUCAGCCGGAUUCCGAUUUUGAUGAGUUUUCAUCGCAAGGUAGUUCUGCAACUGAAGAAAAUCCGGUGCAACCGAUAGCUCAGUGCAAAGCUCUCUACACCUACACGCCGAAUCUUCCUGAUGAAUUGGCACUACAUCCGGGAGAUGUUCUAUCCGUUUACAGAAAACAAGAGGACGGUUGGUGGUUGGGAGAGUGCAAGGGUUCUGUGGGUAUUUUUCCAGCAACGUACGUUGAAAGUUUACAAGCAUAAUAGGUUGUUCUCAGGAAUUGUUUUGUAUUGGUGUGCUAUUAUAGUGAAAUACCAAACGGUUAAGUUUUAUAAUUGCAUUUAUAUAAAUUAUUUUCUAGUGAAGUAUGCGAUGUAAAAACAAUAAUUAAAUACCUAGGCCGUAAAACUGUAAAAAUAUGUGAGAUUUUUGCAAUGUUAUUUUCAUUAUAUGAAACAUCAGUAGUUGCAUUAAUCUAAUUCUGUUGUACCUAUUAAUAAAUUUUCUUCCAUUUAAAAAUGUA